ACCGGAAAUAAAAUCCAUAUCGAGAGAAGAAGAAGUUUCGACAGAAUGAGGGGUAAAAAUAACAAGCCAUAUAGAGUUAGCUGACGUUAGCCGACCUGUCAGCCGGUGUGAAGCUGCAGCAUGUCGGUGCACUUCGAGGAGAGGAGCGGCGUCGUGCCCUGCAAGACACCCUGGGGUUCCUGGUACCAGACCAUGGAGGAGGUCUUCAUCGAAGUCAACGUGCCUCACGGGACGUCAGCCAAAGAGGUCAGGUGCCAUUUGGGAUCCAGAGAUAUAGAGCUGCGCGUUAAAGGGCAGGAAAUAUUCAAGGGAAAGCUGUUUGACACAACUGUGUCUGAUGAGGCUACGUGGACUCUAGAGGACAAGUGUCUCAUCCGGAUCAUUCUGAUGAAGACCAACAGAGAGGCGGGGAACUGCUGGUCCUCCCUGCUGGAGGGGGAGUACUGUGCGAAUGCCUGGGUCCAGGACCAGAUGCAGAGAAAGCUCACACUGGAGAGGUUCCAGCGAGAGAAUCCUGGAUUUGACUUCAGUGGCGCAGAGAUCUCUGGGAAUUUUGCUGGUGGUGGUCCUGACUUUUCCAGUUUACAGAAGUGACCAUUGCUAUGUUGUGAAAAAUAUAGGUGAGAGGUGUUGCCCCUGUCUGAUGAACACUAUUGAGGAUACCCAUGGCUCAGCAGUGGAACAGUGGAUCUAUCAGCAAGGAGGAGCUAAAAGAUUUGUCUUCAGAAAAAACUCUUAUAUUGGGUAGAACAUAAAGGUCCCAUACUGCAGAAAGUGACAUUUCCAUGUCUUCUUUGAUUGUAAAGCAGGUUUAGGUGCCAUGUAAAUACAGUGAAAGUAUCAAAACACUCAAUCCAUGGAGAAAUGCGUACAGCUCGUACUCAGAAACUGUGCCUCUAAACGAGCCAUCAGGACUUCCUUAACUUUGUAUAGUUGUGUCACAACUAUACAGUCAGUACUGUCCGUUAUGCCCCCAGCACAGCCAACAAGGGACCCACUGCCCAACCACUUUGUUGUUGUUGGUCAGAACAGUUAGCCAAUCAGAAGAGAGCAGCUCAGGGACAGACACAAAACACCCUGUUCUUGCUAGAGCUCCAGAGAUGUAAAACUAUAUUGAGAUGGUUUUUGGAACCUAAACCCACAAAUUUAUCUUCCUAUGGAUACCAAACCUUCAAAUAAAACACCAGAAAAGUGUAAUAAUAUGGGACCUAUGACACAAUCAGCCCUUUUUUUCAUCUGCAUUUCAGUGGCUGUGAAGAAUUGAUCUUGAGAAGCCUGAUUUAUCAAGUUGCAAGGCCUGUUGUACAGGCUGAACAACAGCUGAUUGGAAAUGUUUGAUCUGGUUGUAAAAAGCCUCUGAGAGUGAUGCCUUUUAAUAAAGAAACAAAUGUAUACAGCAA